AAAGCUCUAAAAAAUAUUGUGUUUGUGAGUUUAUUCCAACAAAAGAAGAAGCCUCUUCAUUCACGUUUCAAUUCCCAAAAAGAUGCACCAAAAUUAUCAGUAUCUGCGUCACUAUCAGUUUUUGUACCUUUAAUGGCCACUACCAACUUUCCAAAAUCUGACUACUUCCAUGGAUAACUCACCCUUUUUCUUUUUCUUCUUAUUCCCUUAAAAACCCAAUUCUCAGUUUGUACAGAUAAAGGCUUGUAAGUUGAUUACAAGAGGAGGGAGAUGGAGCUGGAUCUGGAAUCCAUUGCAGAGGCAACUUCAGGAGCUAUUGGAGCUUUGGUUAGCACAACUGUAUUGUACCCACUUGAUACAUGUAAGACUAAAUAUCAAGCUGAAGUCCGAGCUAAGCAUCAGCAAAAGUACAGGAAUAUUUCUGAUGUUUUGUGGGAAGCGAUUUCUACCCGCCAAGUGUUUUCGCUGUACCAGGGCCUCGGAACAAAGAAUCUGCAAUCCUACAUUUCACAGUUUAUCUACUUCUAUGGAUACGGUUUCUUUAAGAGGUUGUACUUGAAAAAAAGUGGAAAUACAAAUAUUGGGGCUAAAGCAAAUUUGCUUGUUGCUGCAGCUGCUGGGGCUUGCACAGUCUUAGUGAUACAGCCUUUGGAUACAGCAUCUUCAAAGAUGCAAACAAGUGAGUUUGGAAAAGCAGAGGGACUUUGGAGAACUCUUUCAAAGAGCACUUGGAGGGAGGCAUUUGAUGGUCUUGGCAUCUCUCUUCUUUUGACAGCCAACCCUUCUAUUCAGUACACUGUGUUUGAUCAGCUGAAACAAAGACUGUUGAAGGGAAAGCUGGGUAGUAAAACUGGUAAAGCAUCGACCCCAGAAGCUCUUUCUGCCUUUUCUGCUUUCAUGUUGGGUGCUGUCUCAAAGUGUGUUGCUACCAUAUUGACAUACCCAGCUAUCAGAUGCAAGGUAAUGAUUCAAGCUGCCGAUUCGGAUGAAUUUGGGAAAAGUGAAGCUGACAAGAAAUCCCAAAAGACAAUUUCAGGUGCACUAUUUGCCAUUUGGAAAAGAGAAGGCCCUCUGGGUUUCUUCAAAGGAUUACAAGCUCAGAUAGUAAAGACUGUGCUAAGCUCAGCUUUGCAUUUGAUGAUAAAAGAAAAGAUAACGAGGACCACAUGGAUUCUACUAAUUGCACUUAAAAGGUAUGUAUUUGUCACCCCUGUUAGACUAAAAUCUACUUGAAUUCAGUGAAAGCCCAGCCUUCAUCGCAAAGAGCUCCAUCAGAGUUGUCCACAUUUGGAGGAUUCAUGUGGCAAACGAAAUAAUCAGUUAUGGACGCGGAAGGUUAAAUGCUAGUAUCGUAACAAGGGAGUACAGAACAAGAUUUAUUUUUCCUUGAUAUUUUAAUGUCCUUAUUUGGAUACUCUUGUUAAAGUAGCAUCUAGUACGUUGGGGCUUUAUUAGUCUCGUAGUAACAACAUUCAGAUGCCUCCCAUUAACAGGAUGCCAUAGACCUUUGUUGGAUUGUCAAUUAGUCUUACCCAACAAAUGGCAAAGUAAUAAUGGAAAAAAUCAACAAGCAUUAACUUUGUGCA